AUGAAACAACUGCCCUUCUCUUUCAGCUUUUACGGCAGAUCGCUUUGUCCUACGUGGCCUUUUCAGUAUACCUUUUAGGACUUACGCUGCGCGGUGUGUGCCGUUUGUGGAGGAAGCGUGUUAUUGCGUUCUAACGGUGCAGUCCACUGGUCCUUUUAAAAAGAACGCACACCAGGCUCAUUUGUGAGCCACGUUUAUCGCAAAAAAACCUCACCUUAAUGGACGACCAGGAUUUUGAUGGGUCGCUCGAUGGGAGCAGCGGUCACUCGUCCGCGGGGAAGCACAAGAUCAUGAGCCCGUGCGCUGCUGGGGGUCCGGCUGCUGCAGACCCCACGGGUGACGGCCUUUGCUCGGCCAAGAGAAAGAGGAAAGAGGCCCAGACUAGACACAUCGCUGCCCUGAUUCUGGCCCGGGGCGGCAGUAAGGGCAUUCCGCUGAAGAACAUCAAGAUGCUGGCAGGGGUCCCGCUCAUCGGAUGGGUGCUGAGAGCCGCCGUCGACUCCGGGGUGUUCGACAGUGUGUGGGUCUCCACGGACCACGAUGAGAUCGAGAAGGUGGCGAAGGCGUGGGGAGCAAAGGUCCACCGCCGAUCUCCAGAGGUGUCCAAGGACUCCACAAGUUCUCUGGAGACCAUCCAGGAAUUUGCCAGGAUGCAGCCUGACAUCACUGUGUUCUGCAACAUCCAGGCAACCUCACCCUGCCUGCACCCCCACCACCUGAAAGCGGCGGUCGAGAUGAUCACCAAGAAGGGCUACGAGUCUGUCUUCUCUGUGGUCCGGAGACACCACUUCCGCUGGGAGGAAGUCAAAGGAGGAGAAGGCACCAGCACAAAGCCCCUGAACUUGGACCCGGCACGGAGACCCCGCCGGCAGGACUGGCCCGGGGAGCUGUGCGAGAACGGCUCCUUCUACUUUGCCACCCGUGAGCUGGUGGAGAAAGGGCUCCUGCAGGGUGGAAAGUUGGCCUACUUCGAGAUGCUCCCGGAAUAUAGCGUGGACAUCGAUGUGGACAUCGACUGGCCCGUGGCGGAGCAGCGAGUCCUCAGGUACGGCUACUUCGGCGCGGACAAGCUGGACGCGGUAAAGCUCCUCUUCUGCAACGUCUCUGGCUGUCUGACGGACGGCCAGUCCUACCUGUCGGCCACGGGGGAAGAGAUCGUGUCCGUCAACGGCAGAGAUGUGGCCGGCGUUCGCAUGCUCAAGAAAGAGGAAGUGGAGGUAAUAUUCCUGUCCUCGAGCGAUGACCCCAUCCCCAAGGCCCUGGCAGACAAGUUGUCCCGUAAGAUGAACUGCAAGAUACGGCAGGGUGUUCAGGACAAGCAGGCCGAGGUGAAGAAGAUCGUGGAUGCACGGCACCUAAUGUGGAAAGAGGUGGCUUAUCUUGGGAGUGACGAACCUGACGUGGACUGCCUCAGCCUGUCUGGGGUGAGCGGCGUGCCCCAGGACGCACCCACAGUGGCACUCAACGCGGCCAAGUACAUCUGCCGCAGCCCCGCCGGGAGGGGGGCUCUCCGGGAGUUUGCCGAGUACAUCCUGCUGCUGAAGAAAAAGGAAAGGUCCAAACUGGAACAGGACAGGAUCGGCCGUGACAACUUCUAGUGCAGGAUGGGCCAUUUUAUUUCUUUAAGUUCAAACUUUUUAAUUUAAUUUUCUUUUUAAAUUCCUCACUUUUAUUGAGUGAGGGUUACAGAAGGCUUACGAUGGUAAGGGAAUAUCCAGGAUACCUAUUUUUUCAAACAUGGAUUGUGAAUAUAAAUGAAGAUCAUUUCUAAUAUCUACAGAAUUGUUGUAUAUAAGUUUAUCGCAAUACUGAAAUUUCAAUCCCUGCAACCCUUCCUGGCAGUAUGUUUUCCUGUAUAUCAGCCAAUGCUGUAUGCACACUAUGGGUAUGAACAGUUCCUGACUACAUGCUUAGUUGUUUCCAGAGGUUUACAGUGAGAAUGUGUUGCUGCACAUAGAUUUUCAGAGGUGAUCAUAUGUUUAUGAAAUAGAGGUAGAUUUUAUGCCUGAACCUUAAAUUCUUUGCAGGAUUUAUUACAACUCUGACCUCAGCUUAACCCACACACGUUCACCGAACGUGUCGGAGCGUUGACCAUUAGACCGCAGUUAUGUUUUUGAAUAGUUUAUAGUCAAUACUGCAAAUUGACCUCCUCCACAUUACUCCUGAGCUUGGAGUGUGUUUAUCCUGAGUCGCUUCAGGAUUUCAGAUACAAAAUUGGAUGAGUAACAUCUGUUAAAGGUGUUGCCGCAGAACCCGAGCUGGUUGCUAUGCCAAAUUGUCUAUACUGAAAUAUGUAGCAUCAGUUGCAGAUUUAUUAGCAUAUUUUCAUUGCAAAUGGAGAUGAGCAAUUAUGUCAGUAAAGAAUUUCUGUUGGCUGUGGCCUGACUGCUUCAAAAUACAGCGGUGCUUUAAAGACCAUCAGCAAUAAUAACAGAAAAGCCCAUUGAAGCCAUCCAUCCAUCUUCCUCCGCUUUUAUCCG